GAAACGACGACACAAAUAGAAUACAGUGGACUUAUACAGUGGCAGCUUUGAUCUCCGAUUCGAUCCAAUUAACAAAAAACUUAUUCAUACACCUUGAUAGCUAGCUUCAAAACAAUUUAUUUACAAAACCAGCCAUGACUCAAAUGAACACGAAACCUGGGCCACCUAACCCAACACCCACCACCGGUAGCUCCCGCUUCGAAGACCUCCAAAUGCAGCUGAUGCUCCUAGAGGAACAGAACAGAAGGAGGCUGCAGGAGGCCAUACAAGAACAGGACGCUGGCGCAGGCGCACCUUACACAGCGCCUAUGGCUCCUAGCUCUGCCGUCGAAGAUUUUCAAAUAAAGUUGUUGCGCCUGGACCAAGAGAACAAGAGAAGGCUGGAUGCGGUCCGGGAAGGAACGAGUACGCCCCACACAGCACCCGCGCCCGGUUCUAGAGAUCCUGCGUCCCCGGAAAAUCAGAUGCAGAUUAAGUCGUUGCGGGAGCAGUAUUAAAGGAGGAUGCGUUUGGACGGACAAGAUGCUGAGACGUCUACGGCUGGUAGGCCGGGCCCGGGACAGGAGUUCAAUGGGGAUAGACCAGAUGUGGAGUAAUUGGGUGUGCAUCCGCAGACACAACGUUCAAGUCGGAAUUUAGGUCGUGGUUGCUGCGCUGGUUGAGGUUAACGCGAGAGUACUACGUGCUGUGGAGGACGAAGCUGGUGUGGUAGAAUCAACACCGAACUAUGAUUAAGUUAGAUGGCUGUUUAUACGAGAUCACCGCCACUACUCUGGGGCGAUGAGAUGUCAGAGACAGGAUAGGAGCAACGCUAUUCGUAGGUAGAAGCCUAAAGCGCUAAUGUGAAAUGCAACAUAACAUAUCAUAGAC